AUGCUUGCUCUAAAAUCUUAUUAUCGUAUUUAUCGGCUUUUUGGUGUACCUCGUUUUCUUACACCUAUUUCUCAUUCGUGUGCUGUCAAACUAUCAUGGUUACCUGAAGAUCUUAGAGAACAUUUCGAUGCUUUCAAGAAAAAUAUAAUAUCCGAGUAUGAAAACGUCACUAAACUCAUAACAUCUGGGGCAAAAGAAUGUGACCUUCUUCCUUUAUCUGAAUGUUGGAAGAAUUUGAGACCAAUAGUAGAUGUGAUUGAAGAAUUGGAUAUAUUACUUGAAGCUGAUAAAGAAGUAGACCAAUUAGUAACAGAAAUUGUCGGUACUGAUACUGAGGAUGAUGUCAAUGAUUUAAAAGCGAUUGCUGAGUUGGAACGUAAACAAAGAAAUGUUCAGCGUGAAGCGUUGGAAAAAAAGCUCCUUAGUUUGCUACUUCCAAUUGAUGAACGUGAUCUUAAUUCAUCUGUAAUAAUGGAACUAUUCGCUGGGGCUGGCGGUAAGGAAGCUGGUUUAUUUGCUCAUGAUUUAAUGAAUAUGUAUCAUGCUUUUGCCAUACAACAAAAUUGGUCAUUUACUGUUUUACACAAAACUGUAAUGUCAAAUGAAGAAUGUGCUCCAUCCCAUAAUGAAACUUCACUUUCGUAUGUUCGUGUUGAAAUUGAAGGUGAACCAACUACAGAAGCCGGUGUAAUGUCACUUGGUGCUUAUGGUCAGUUAAAAUGGGAGGCUGGCGUUCACCGUGUUCAACGUGUUCCUGUUACUAGUAGUCAGAAUAAGAUUCAUACUAGUACAGUAGCAGUAUCGAUACAACCUAAGUAUGACGAUGUAAGUAUUUUAAAACGAAAGACUUUAUAUUCUCCGAUUUCACUUGUUGAUUAUCGCGUAUUUAAAUCUAUGAGCUGGUUUCAUUUUAAAUAAUAAUAAUAACUUGGUUUAAUACUGAUGUAAAACGAAGUUCCGUUUUCGGUGCUGUGAUCCUAAUUAGCUUGAGUAGGGACCAUAGGAAUCCUAUCUGCCACAUUCUUCCAUGAAAUAAUAUGAUCACUUCUUACUAUAUUAUGCCGGCUGGAAUACACAAAAGCAUAAUGUCAAAAUUUCAUCUCCGUUCUCAAAAUAAACAACCGAAUGAUGGACCUCACUAAGCCAAGUGCAUGUGUCCCCUGCCUAGUUAUUUAUGAAGAUAGAUUAAAUGAUACUACACCUCAUCCAUGCUUCUGUGUUUACUUCUGCAAACGUAAAUUUGACUUGAAAAAUCAAAACAGGAAAUACCAACGAAUUUCAGGGAGCUUUAAACUUAGCUAUCUCUAAGAGUGUAGACACAGACCUAAUCCACUUCUCAAUAGUGUGAAGUUCAUGUACGUGUUGGCGAAGUUAUUCAUGUAUACUGACUAAUCACUUAGUAUUUGACCACUGUCAUGUUUAUAUCAUUAUUAUUAGAGGUUUUCUUCAUCACAUUAUUGACAAUCAGGACUAGAUUUUUAUCAGUCUUCGUCGACAUACAUGGACCCUGUGCGGAUCGUUCCAAUAGUUUCAUUAUGACACACUACUUUGAAUAAAUGUAUUAUGCCUAGCAGGACUCUCAUUUCAUCCUGUUUGGUACUCUUUAUGUUUGACUAGUCUUUAGUGGUGGUUACACCCUACCGACCUCAUAGAAGAUCAGUCAAUACGACACCGUCUCUGACUGAUGCUCUUGUUGAUACUGGUUCGAAUUUACCAGGAAACAUCAGUCCCCUCAACAUGAGAGAUGGGCAUUGCCAGAGAGUACCAGCUAACAUUAAACUUAGGUUCCAUGUGUUAUAUUCUACCGCCAAUCAAUACACACAGACGAAAUUAAACAAUCAAUACGCAGCAAGAAUGAAGAUUGAUACUUUAUGCUUGACGGUUGGAGCUAUACUAUCUCCGAACGAAGGGGAAGAACAUAAGACCAAUAAUCACCAAUCAAAGAUCGUUAUUACAUCUCGGGCGUUCGCUCAUGUACAUGCAGGACCAGACCACGCAGCAGAGCAAUUGAGUGACAGUAUUAACACGGAACAGCAACAUUAAUGAUGAGAAAGACAGAGUACUGUGUACAUAAAUAAUCGGUUAUAAUUUAUGACUGGAAAAUGCUCUAAAAGCAAUUUACGAUUCAGAUAAAAGCUUGGAACUGGGGUAAUAAAGGUUUUACUUGUAGAGGAACUUGAUCGCUCUUCUUGUAAGUAUGCAGUACAACUGAAAAUAACGUGGUAACUAUUUGAAAUAUGUUGAAGUGGUGUAAUAGUGUUGCGCUUUGAAAAAACAAAACACAUCGAAAAAAAUCAGUAGGAUAGAUUUUCAUCAGAAUUAUAUAAAAGACAUGAGAUUUACGUAACCAAUGAACUGAAAAAUUAAAUGUUGAGUUGUUUCGCAUUCAAAGUUUGAAGAAAAGGUUUAUAUCUACCCCACUCUGAGCUAUUUUACCUCAGUAGACGUGAAAUGACAGUGAUACAAUUCCCUGUCUAAAUUUUCUCGUCAGUUAUUGGCUUCACAGAGUGGAACAUCUUGCCUCUGUUCUGCACCUUUUUUCUAAGUCUGUCCCAGUUUUGUAUUGAAUAUAACUUGUAAACAUUUAUACAAGCGACAUUUUGCGCAUUUCUCACUCGAUCUAAGUUCACAGUUUAAAUCAAUCAGUAUCUUUUUCUUAAGGUUCUUUCUUUACUCAUCGCACUGCUUAUUUGUUAAUAAUGCCAUUCAAGAAGGAUUUUCGAGAAAUUCUUAUAACUGUGCGGAUCCACAUUUCACCUAAAGAUUCGUACCUUUACUAAUACUCCAGAUGGGAUUUAAUGCAGUUUUAAAUAAAAAAGAUUGGUUCAGCGAAGAGUUCUCUUUUCGGCGAAUUCAUUUCCAAAGCUGUACAGUCGCAAAUAUAUAUGCUUAUUUUUUCAGGAUGAUAGUAAUUACAGUAGUAAUAAUAAUAAACUUUUGUUAGACAUUGUGACAGAUAGAAUAAACAAAGGUGUUAAGAUAUUUUUUCCAUAAACAGGGAAACUAAUAACCGUUUGAUUGUUAAUGGCUCAAAUAUUCAUCAAAAGAUAGAUAGGGAUAUUAUCAUCAGGAAAUGAUCGCUUAGCAUGGUAAAAUGAAAUGCUGAAAUCGAGAUUAAAUGUAAUCAGGCGGAUCAUAGAAACAGAAAUAAACCAGUUGGGGGUAGAAGAUUUAAGAGAAGAUGGAAGGGGAAGCAGAUGGCUGUAAAGGAAGAAGAGUAUGAAGAAGAAAAAAUUUAUCAGACAUCAACACCAGGGUAUAAGAAGAAGUUGUACCAAUCUCUUCUGGACAUACAAUUCUGGUCUUCCCAGAUGUAUGGCUAGUGCUUCGGCAAUGCUAAGAAGAUGCAAUAUAAUUGUCUUUGGAAGACUUCUACUUACCAUGUAGAUGGAUUUAAACUCAGAGUCUGUCUUGAUUGAGUGACCUGUGUUCACAAGGUGUUUGAUUAUUGAACUUCUUAUUGAGACGUUUCCUCCUCUUCUCAGCCACUCCGGAUAAUGUUCUUGAGAUAGUUUAUCUUUAAGAUUAUCGGUGAACAAUGACCAACUGGAGAUUAUUCGCAACGUUGCUGCAAAGAACGUUCUUUUCAAAGAAUCAGAAAUUCUCCCCUUAAAGUCGGUGUUCAUGUAUAAUGUUUUCUUUUCGACUGAAGUUGUUUGUGUUGUCGGCGGUUUCGGUUUUAUGUUCUUAUCAAUGAAUAAUGAAGGAUACCCGUUUUUGACAAGUAUCUUCUCCAAGAGGUUCAGUUCGUCAUCUAUGACCUUGGGACUACAAAUCCUAUGUGUUAGCGUAGCGGGUGAUAUUAUUAAGUUUCUCUUUCGACUAAUGGAGACCCAGCUAUAAGAACUGAUAGUUGGCCAUUCCACAUGGGUUUCUUGUAAAUAGAUCCUCUUACAGUUCCGUCUUGUUUUCUUGUCAUUUCCACAUCAAGAAAGCGAAUAUUUUGUUUGUUUUCAACUUUAAACUAUCUUAGUGUAGUUGAAUCUUUUUUAUGGAUAGUAAUGUCCAUCAUAUUUUUCUCGAAAGGUUGAUGUAGAUAUUCCUGAUAGUGACUUAAAAUGGGAAUUCCAUCGCCCAACAGGUCCUGGCGGUCAAAAUGUGAACAAGUCGACUAGUGCAGUUCGCCUGACACAUUUGCCAACUGGUAUAGUCAUUUCAUGUCAACGUGAACGUUAUCAACAUGUAAACAAAAUUCUUGCAUUAGACAUGCUCAAAGAAAGGCUUCGUGAAAUUCAUUUGAAAUCACAAUCUCACUUAAUUGAUUCCAUCCGUCGAUCUCAUUUGGGAAAUCUGGAUAGAUCAGAAAAAAUUCGAACUUACAAUUUUCCACAAGAUCGUGUAACAGAUCAUCGGUUAAAUCACUCUUGGAACAAUUUAUAUCGAUUUAUGAAACAAGCUGUUGGAUUAAGUGAAGUAAUAGAAAGUUUGUACAAACAAGAUCAACGAGAACAAUUAAAACGAAAGUUAUGUACAGGGAACAUAAAAAGUUGAUUGUGAUAAAUAUUUAGUUUUUAUUUUCUCAAAUAAUACAUAGAUAAAAUAAACCAUAUUGC